AUGUACGUAAAGAAUGAAUUCGACGAGUAUGCUUCGCACAAGACAAAGAAAAUGCUGCGUCUGAUAGCAUAUCCCGACUUCAUUUUGAAUGAGAGAAAGCUUGACGAAUUUUAUAAAGGCCUGGAACUGAAUGAAUAUGACUCGUACGGUGAAGUGCUGGAAAAGGUGGCUGUGUGGAACAUUAAAGCCGUCUUUGAACGAUUGACGAAACCUCUAGAUCGCACCGAUUAUAACUUCAACUCAGCUGCCGUAAAUGCUUACUACGACACACUUAACUCUAUUAGUAAGCCGCAGAAUGAGCAGUUACAUUAA